AUGAACUCCUCAAACCCACCGGUGCCAUGGUCCAGCGGCCUCUACGACUGCUUCGACGACGUCCCCAACUGUUGCAUUACAUAUUUUUGUCCGUGCAUUACUUUCGGACGGAUUGCGGAGAUUGUUAACAAAGGAGAAACAUCAUGUCGUAAAAGUGGAGGAAUAUACGCAUCAUUAAGCUUGUGUCGUAGUCGUAGACGCUACUCAUUGCCAGAAACCCCUUAUACCGAUUGGUGCGUCCAUGGCUUUUGCGAGCCAUGCGCCUUGUGCCAAGAGUACCGUGAGCUCAAGAAACAAGGUUUCGACAUGUCCAUUGGAUGGGAAGGAAAUUUAGAGAGAAAGCGUUGUAGAGAGACGAUGGCGCCAAUGGCUGAAGGUGGGAUGACUACAAGAGAUAAAUGA